AUGACGGCAGAAGAGGGGCAGUGGCAAGUGGUGUCUCGUCGGGGGAGACCCCGAGAAGGCAGGGGGGCCCCCGGGGGGCCCCCAAGCGGCAGCAAACUGUACCCUGGGGGGCCCCCCGGGGCCGAAUUUGCUGCCGUUUUCACCCGCUAUGAGGGCCCGGGGGCCCCCGUGACCGCCCUGGGGGCCCCCUGCUGCGCUGCUGCGGGGGCCCCCGAAGCAGCAGAAGCAGCAGCACUUGCUGCAGCAGUUCGCAGCUUAAAGCCUCAGCUGGAGGCCUCAGACUUUUGGCAAGAGACCAAGUCCAAACUCAAACAGGCUGUGCUGCUCGAGCUGCACGCCAUGUACCCUCAGGGGGCCCCUUGGGGGGCCCCCCAGGGGCCCCCCCACGAGGGGCCCCCCCAGGGGGCCCCCCUAGAGGUCCCCCCUGGGGGCCCCCAGGGGGCCCCCGAGGCAGCUGCCCCUGAGGGCCCCCCCAGGGGCCCCCCAGAAGGCCUCAGGCCCGAGGCCCCCCCUGGGGGCCCCCCUGAGAGCCCCCCUGGGGGCCCCCCCGGGGGCCCCCCUGAGAGCCCCCCUGGGGGCCCCCCCGGGGGCCCCCCUGGGGGCCCCCCCGGGGGCCCCCCUGGGGGCCCCCCUGGGGGCCCCGAAGCGCCGUGGGGGCCCCCGUGUUCGUUUGACUUUAAGUGGGGAGGGGUGGAGUUUGGGUUGGUUUGUUUGGGGCUGGGAAGCCCCAGCAGCAGCAGCAGCAGCGACGCGCGCAGCAGCAAACUGCAGCUGGCUUUGGCGCUGCUGCUGCAGCAGCUGCUGCAGGUGCCUGGGGCCCGGACUUUCGUGGAGGACCCUGUGAUGACAGCAGCAGACAAGCUGGCGGUGCAGCAGCUGUUUGCUGCUGCAGCAGCAGCAGACGCGCAGCCAGCAGCAGCAGCGCAGCAGCAGCAGCAGCAGCAGCAGCAGCAGCAGCAGCAGCGGGGGCUGCUGGUGGUCUAUUUGCUGCCGCACUGCGACGCAGACCUCUACGGGGAUCUUCUCAACUCAGAGCUGCGGCUGAGUCCUUUUUGCUGCCGCUGUUUUGCUGCAGCACGAAGGCCCCAAAAGCCGCUCAGCAGCAGCAGCAGCAGCUGCUGCUGCUGCUGCAGCAGCAGCAGCGACCCCCUCGGCAGCGACAGCAGCAGCAGCAGCAGCAGCAGCACAGACCUGUGCUGCACACCUUCACACUCUUCUACUUCUAAUAAUAGCAGGCUUAAACCUGGGGGCCCCCUUGAGUCUGGGGGCCCCCCUCACUCCGGGGGCCCCCCUCACUCUGGGGGGCCCCCUGCUGACUCUGGGGGCCCCCCUAACUCUGGGGGCCCCCCUAACUCUGGGGGCCCCCCUGCUGGCUCUGGGGGCCCCCCUGCUGACUCUGGGGGCCCCCCUAACUCUGGGGGCCCCCCUGUUGGGUCUGGGGGCCCCCCUGUUGGGUCUGGGGGCCCCCCUGUUGGGUCUGGGGGCCCCCCUAACUCUGGGGGCCCCCCUGUUGGGUCUGGGGGCCCCCCUGUUGGGUCUGGGGGCCCCCGCGGGUUUGUGCUGCUGGGGAACAGUUUGUCUCUUUACGAAAUGCGGCGAAGUCUUUUUGGGGACUUCCGACUUGUUAAAAAGAACAAAGAAGCAGCAGCAGCAAACGCGCAAGCAGCAGCAGCAGCAGCAGCAGCAGCAGCAGCAGCAGCAGCAGCGGGAGGCGGCUUAGAAGCAGCAGCGCGUGGGGCGGGGACGCUCUCAGCAGCAGCGGGCGAAGGGGCGCUCAGCAGCAGCGGCUGCUGCUGCGCAGCAGCUCCUGCUGCUGCUGCUGCUGCUGCUGCUGCUGCUGCAGGGCCGUGUGCAUGCGAGUGGGUGGAGCCUUCGCGGGGGGCCCUGCUGCUGCUGCUGCUGCUGCCCUUUGUGUGGGAGCAGCAGCUAGAGGCCCCUUUUGCUGCUCAUCCUGCAGCAUUUAAUGACUUGGCCAUUUGCCGGCUGAGGGCCCCCCAGACGGAGGCGGAGAGGCGGGCCCUGUGGCGGCAGCAGCUGCAGCAGCAGCAGCAGCAGCAGCAGCACGGCAGCAGCAGCAGCGCAGCAGCAGCGCAGCAGCAGCCGCGCAGCAGCAGCAGACACAGGAAGCGCAAAGGGUGGCGGAAACGCUCCCAGUAG